GUUAACAUGUUGAAAAUACAAAUUUUAGUCGUACUUUUGCUACUCAGCACCGUCGUACAUGGCGGGAUUAUUAAGAAACCACCUGCUGCUACUGAAAAAGUACGUUACGAUAACUUCAAAGUCUUCAAUUUAAAAAUUAGUAACAAAAUUCAAUUGGCGGUGGUUGAAAUGUUCAAAUCCUUGGAAAAAAGUUACGAUAUCUGGAAAGAAUAUGACUCCUCAUCGAAGGAGGUGCAUGUCAUGGUCAACCCAACUAUACUGAAAUAUUUCGAAAAAUUGAUCAAACUUUUCGGUUUCGAAAGUGAGCUCAUGAUAUCAAACGUACAAGAUCUUAUCGAUGCAGAAGUGGCGACUACCAGAGCUGACGAUGGCGCUACUUUCGGGUGGACGCGCUAUUAUGAGCUACACGAAAUCGAAACUUGGCUGGAUGGAAUAUUGGCUGCUUAUCCAGAUGUAACGCAGGAGUUUAUAAUUGGCAGCUCUUAUGAAAAUCGACCGAUACGUGGUAUUAAGAUUUCGCAUAAGCCAGGAAACCCAGUCAUAUUCAUAGAAUCCAAUAUACAUGCAAGGGAGUGGAUUACCUCUGCCACCGCCACUUGGUUUAUAAACGAAUUACUUACUUCCACAGUUGCAGCAGUGCGUGAUUUGGCCGAAAAUUAUGAUUGGCAUAUUAUUCCAGUUUUUAAUGUUGAUGGUUUUGCUUAUAGUCACAGUACGGAUCGUAUGUGGCGUAAAACUCGUCAACCUGUCACUACUUCUGCUUGCAUUGGUACUGAUGCAAAUCGAAAUUUUGAUUCUCACUGGAUGGAGAAUAAUGGCGCUUCAGACAAUCCAUGCUCAGAAACAUAUGCCGGCACUGCUCCCUUUUCCGAACCAGAAGCGAAAGCAUUGGCUGAUCAUCUUACCAAUAUAAAAGACGAAAUCAAAAUCUAUUUAUCGUUUCAUUCGUAUGGACAAUAUUUAUUAUCACCUUAUGGUCAUGUUGCUUCUGAUUUUCCACCUAACUAUGAUGACCUCUUAGAAAUUGGUAAUGCCUUUUCAUCCGCCAUAAAUAAUCUGCAAUACCAAACCAGUUAUGCCGUUGGAUCAACAGCCACGGUUUUAUAUGUAGCAUCUGGAUCUUCAGUAGAUUGGGUGUACAAUAUGUUAGAUGUAAAAAUAGGAUACACAAUUGAAUAUCGUGAUAGGGGACGCUUCGGUUUUGUUCUACCGCCUGUACAAAUUAUACCAAACUGUGAAGAACUGAUGGCAGGUAUGCUAGCCUUAGUAGGUAAAAGUAAAGAACUGGGCUAUGUAUAAAUCCAGAAAUAAAGUGCAAUAAAUAAAAUUUUUGAUUACAA